AUGUCGACCUCAGCGAUUUCCAUUCAGGACGAAAAGCUCAAGAGCUUGGGUCUACAGAAGAUGACAGUCAACAAAGAACAAGUCGUCAGCUACAGUCGUGGCCUAGGUGCAGCAUCCGAGCAAAACCCGAUCCUCGUACUCAUCCACGGGUACCCGCAGUCCUCGUACAUGUGGAGACACUUGGUUGCUCUCCUCCCAUCAGACGCACCCAUCUUCGCCCCAGACCUCCCCGGAUACGGCGCUAGCGCUCCCAUCGAAGACAACUCCAAGUACUCUAUCGGAUCGACCAUUCUAACAGCCCUCCUUACAGAAGCCAAACGCACGAGCAGCAAGUCUCUGGACAACAUCCCUGUCGUACUCAUCGGGCAUGACCGCGGCGCUCGAGUCGCACACCACCUCGCCGUCCAGGGUUUCCCCGGCGUAGCCAUCAAAGGCGUCUGUCUAAUCGACAUCGUCCCAACGACAGUCCAAUGGGAAGCCUCAUCCAAGAACCCGGCAGAAGUGGUAGGCUAUUUCCACUGGCCGCUCCUCGCUAACGUCGAUCUCGCGAACCGCCUCAUCUCUGCUUUCGGCCCUGGAAACUGGUGCGAGGAGAUGUGUUUGCGCUGGGCGGGCAAGAAUCCUUCUGGUCUCACUUCAUUUAAAGCCGAUGACUCGCUAGCUGUGUACAGGGGCUUCUUCGAGCAGCCUCACACACUGGAUGCGAGCAACAAGGACUACGAGGCUGGUGCUACGGUAGAUGUGGAUGUUGAAAAGGGGUGGAGGGAGAAGGGGAAGAAGAUCGGGGUGAAGACGUUGGUGGUGUAUAGUGAGCGGUAUAUUGGGAAGAGGUAUGAUUUUCCCCAGGUGUGGAGCGAAUGGGUGGACGGAAAGCUCGAGUUUCAUGCUCUUGGAGGCGAUGUUGGGCACUUUGGGGCAGAGGAAGCACCGAAGGAAACGGCGGAGGCUUUGAAGAAGUGGUUGAAUUGGCUGUGA